AUGGCGCCCAGGAAGAAACGCGGGAUGAGCGCCGGGCGGCGGCCCGGAGCCUCAGGCGACGGUGGUGAGCCACCGCCCUCGGAGCGUGCGCAGUACUUGCAGCGCGAGUACGCUCUACUGUCGGAGCAGCUGGAGGCCUGCGAGGAGCGUGUGGACCAGGUGCUACAGGAGAACGCCUUCCUGGACCGCGAGGCGCUGCGCCUGCGCGAGGAGAACAGGCUGUACGCCAAUUACGUGAGUGCGCGCGCCCAGCGCUGCGCCCACGCCAUCGUGCGGCUGGACCAGCAAAACCGCAUGGACCUGACGCAGAUCCGCUGGCAGCGCGGGGAGCUGGUGGCGCUCUAUGGCGGGCGCGAGGACGGGGUGCGCGCGCAGCUGCUGGAGAUGGAGUCGCGCGCGGCGCAGAUGGCGCGGCAGGUGCAGGAGCUGCAGCCCUACAAGGAGCUGCAGCUGGAACAGCUGGCCCGAAUCCGGGCUCUGGAGCGCGAGCUGCUGCACAUGCGCGUGGAGCACACACAGCUGCUCCACCGUGUGAAGCGGCGCUUCUUGGAGGACAAGGCGGCCUUCGAACGCGAGGCGCGUCAGUGCGUGCAGUCCCUAGCGCGGCGUGCGGAGCGGGAGGCGACGCGCGCGCUCAUCGCGCACACUCAGGCCAUCAAGGCAGACAACGGGCGCCUGCGGCAGGAGCUAUUGCGGCUGCUUCGUCGGGCCCAGCUGCUGCACGACACACGGCGCCAGCUGCUGGAACAGCGCGAACAGUUGCAUCGUGAACACGAGGACACGCGGGACCUGGCGCGCCUGCAUGGCUGGCUGCGCAGAGGCCCUGGGGGCCCGCCACUCUGGCAGCCGCCGGUCUCCUUCCAGCCCACUUCCCGUCCAGCGUCCUUAGCCGCCCCCCUGGGCCCGUCGUACGCUUCUUCCCGGGCCGGGUCGCCUGCUGCUUCCCGGUCACCAUCUGUGGGCCGGUCGCGCCCAGCUUCUCGGGCCCCAUCUGUGGUCUCUUCGCGGGUGGCUUCCAAAAUCCGAUCAUUGGUCCCAUCGCACGUGGGCACCAGGGAGCCAUCGCUGCCCACUUCAAAACUGGGCUCCCGGGUCCCAUCCUUGACCCUAUCACGUGCAGGGUCCCAGGCCCCAUCCCUGGGGCAGUCUCUCUCGGGCUCUAGGAUGUCUUCUCAGUCCUCAAUGCCUGUGGCCUCGCAGGACAACCUCCCUUCAGAGAAGUCUGUCCCCAAGACUCCCUCAGGUGUGUCCCCUGAUUGGGCUCUCCCUCCGCAAUCAGAGGAGGGUGUGAACACUGACACUGCAGCAGGCGCAGCCUCAGGGAGAGCUUGA